AUGGAUGGAUACUACAAUGGCAGCGGUUAUGGCAAUAUCUACGCUCAGGGGUCAUCGCAGGGUAACAGCUACGGUUACGGUUCCUCUGGGAUGUUCACGAACGAAGGUUGCUCCAAUGGAAGUUGCGCCAAUGGUAGCUGCUCAAACGGCAGCUGCUCUAUGGGGAGUUGUUCGAACGGCAGCUGCUCCAAUGGAAGCUGCCUCAACGGUAGUUGCUCCAACAGAAGCUGUAUCUCCGGCCGGUGCACACGCAUGUCGGCAGGAGGUCAAUUUGGCGGCAGCUACUGUUCCGGUGGCAACUACGGACGCGGUGCCUCGGGCAGAUCGGGAGGUAAACCAGCGUGGAACUCAAAUUGGAAUGGACGCCAGCACUAA